AUGGACUCCUUCUGCAGAGGUGUCGAUAAUCUCCCUUCACAGGGCGACUCCCCUCGAGGGCAGGUGCCAGCUUCCUCGGCCUUGGCAAGAGGGAAGCGAACGAGAACACGGUUUUACUCUAGAACCAAAACCUCAGAAAACAACAGAGAACACAAAACCUCAGAAACCAAGAGAGAACACAGAACAUCAGAAACCAAGAGAGAACACAGAACAUCAGUAACCAAGAGAGAACACAAAACCUCAGAAACCAACAGAGAACACAAAACAUCAGAAACCAACAGAGAACACAAAACCUCAGAAACCAAGAGAGAACACAAAACAUCAGAAACCAACAGAGAACACAAAACAUCAGAAACCAAGAGAGAACACAAAACAUCAGAAACCAAAAGAGAACACAAAACAUCAGAAACCAAGAGAGAACACAAAACAUCAGAAACCAAGAGAGAACACAAAACAUCAGAAACCAAGAGAGAACACAAAACAUCAGAAACCAAGAGAGAACACAAAACAUCAGAAACCAAGAGAGAACACAAAACAUCAGAAACCAAGAGAGAACACAAAACAUCAGAAACCAAGAGAGAACACAAAACAUCAGAAACCAACAGAGAACACAAAACAUCAGAAACCAAGAGAGAACACAAAACAUCAGAAACCAAGAGAGAACACAAAACAUCAGAAACCAAGAGAGAACACAGAACAUCAGAAACCAACAGAGAACACAAAACCUCAGAAACCAAGAGAGAACACAAAACAUCAGAAACCAAGAGAGAACACAAAACCUCAGAAACCAAGAGAGAACACAGAACAUCAGAAACCAAAAGAGAACACAAAACCUCAGAAACCAAGAGAGAACACAGAACAUCAGAAACCAAGAGAGAACACAGAACAUCAGAAACCAAGAGAGAACACAAAACAUCAGAAACCAACAGAGAACACAAAACAUCAGAAACCAACAGAGAACACAAAACAUCAGAAACCAAGAGAGACCACAGAACAUCAGAAACCAAGAGAGAACACAGAACAUCAGAAACCAAGACAGAACAAAGAACAUCAGAAACCAAAAGAGAACACAAAACAUCAGAAACCAAGAGAGACCACAGAACAUCAAAACCAAGAGAGAACACAGAACAUCAGAUACCAAAAGAGACAGAAACCAAGAGAGACCACAGAACAUCAGAAACCAAGAGAGAACACAAAACAUCAGAAAACAACAGAGAACCACCAUAUGACACCAAAAAAUCGAGAUCCUCUCAGAAGCAGAGGCACACCCUCUCUACCAAAGUCAAGGCACCCCUGGCACAGCAGAAUGUUUCCACAGAACCCGAACAGACUUUUGGCGAAUCGCUCAAGGCAAGCAGGACUGACUCCGUUCAAGCACAGCCUCUUUACCAAAAGCAAGCAGGACUGACUCCGUUCAAGCACAGCCUCUUUACCAAAGGUCAAGGGACCCCGGAGAGAACAGAGGAUUUCCAUAGAUCCCCAAAAGGCUUUUUUAGGCGAACCACUCGAGUCGAGCAGGACCUCGAGAUGAAUCCGCUGUCGAGUUUCGAGGAGGAGCUAGCCCUUUGCGACGUCAACCGCUGCAUGGGCGACGCGCCCGAGAAGGUCGUCGGGAACGCCGUCAUGAACAGGUUCGUGAGCGAGGAAUACGAGCUCACGUACCCACGCAGUCUGAAGGUGUUCCACGGUCUGCUUCAGGAGGCCAAGGCCCUGCAAGCGCUUGCCCAAACACAGGGCGCCCGCCGCCUCGUGGGCAUCUGCCUCGUAAUGCCUUGCCUCGUGACCAGCAGCGCCGCAAGCAAGCGCCCUCUUCAAGACGAGGACGCAGAGAACGACGCCCAAGCGCCUGCACGCAAGACGAAAGCAAGCAGAUGCUGGUGA